AGCUAACCAUUUUGGUCAGCAGCAGUUGUUUGCAACGAUCUGUGAAGGAGCAAUGUUGAAAUUCGUAGUGGUCUUGUCUUUUGUCGCUUGUGCUUUGGCUGGCACCAUACCCGAAGGUAUGGUCAGGCUAAGCGACGAUUUGAGUGGACGUAUUGUUGGUGGUACACCAACAACCAUCAGUUCAUUCCCAUGGCAAAUAUCGCUCCAACGUUCCGGUUCCCACUCAUGCGGUGGCUCCAUCUAUAGCAGCAACAUUAUUGUGACCGCUGCUCACUGUUUGCAAUCGGUUAGUGCUUCGAUUUUGAGAAUCCGAUCCGGAUCCACCUACUGGAACUCUGGUGGUGUUCUCGUCUCUGUCUCUACUUUCACCCACGAAGGCUACAUCGCAUCAACUUACAGCAACGAUAUUGCCAUCAUCAAGUGCCUCCCCCAACACAAUAUUUACUGCGAGUAUAAGCUCUAUAAUCAAAUCAAUCGUCGUGACAAGUUUUCACACAGUGCACAACGUUUUGGCGACAUGAUGUUCCGCUUUAUUACAUUGUUUGCUCUAGUGAGCGCGGUUUUUGCCGGAACCGUACCUAGUAACAACUUUGAUGGCCGUAUCGUAAAAGGUGUAGAUACAUCCAUUGAGGCUCAUCCCUACCAAGUAUCUUUGCAAAAACUGAAUGGCUUCCACUUUUGCGGUGGCAGUAUAAUCGAUGAUACCACCAUUGUAACAGCGGCUCAUUGUUUGCAAACAAUCACAGCUGAUAAAAUUCAGGUGCGUCUUGGCUCUACCUACUACAACAAGGACGGUCGUACUGUGCGCGCUCGUGCUUUCAGAAAUCAUCCUGGCUAUAAUAGCAAAACUCACGUUAAUGAUGUAGCUGUUAUUAAAUUGUCCGAGUCGGUCGCUGAAUCUUCUAGUAUCCGUUUUAUUCGUUUGGCUAAACGUACUCCGGCCACUGGUACUCGUGCUGUUGUCACCGGUUGGGGUGUUAAAUGCUCACUGUUGUGCACCAAGUCUCCGGAUAUUUUGCAAGUAGUUGAGGUCGGUAUAGUUGAUAGGCACGCCUGCGCUUCCAAAGAAUACAAAUACGGCUCUGAAAUCAGGGAUACCAUGGUAUGUGCAUAUGAUCUUGGCAAAGAUGCUUGCCAAGGUGAUUCCGGCGGCCCAUUGGUUGCUGACAGUGAAUUGAUCGGUGUUGUGUCUUGGGGCAGAGGUUGCGGUUCAGCUGGCUACCCAGGUGUCUACAGUGAUGUUGCCGAUGAACGCUCUUGGAUCGAGGAAACCGCGCGCUCUCUAUAAGAAGUUUUAGUUUUCUUAUAGAAAAGUCCACAGUAAUAUAUAUUUGUAUUUUUUACCUAAUGAAUAAAUGUAUGAUAUUGAGUUUAUAUAAAUA